AUGGACCCCCCACCAAUAACAAAAUCGACAGCAACAACAGCAACAUCAACAACAUCAACAACAUCAACAACAUAUCCCUAUUUAAACAACAGUGGCAUUUUCGUGGAUUCUCAAGGCCUCGCCAUCUACAAUACACAAUACAACAUUGCCAAAAAAAUUCAAUCAGUGGCAAUCGAGAAUAAUAUCAUUGGUGCUAAUGAUAUAUUUCCAAAGAUUAAUUUCCUUUUCAUAGGGCCUUCGUUUGUCAGUCUCAAAAAACAAACGACAAAGGAUGUAAAAUCAUUCUUUAAGUACUACGAUUGGACACAUAAGAAGAAGCAAUAUUUAGAUCAUUCCUCAAGAGUGCUCAAUAACAUCGAUAUUGAAGACAGUAAAAAGACCGAUAUUUGGUUUAAUCAGACGGAUGCUUUUCAUUUGUUGGUCAUCGACGAGGCACAUUGGGGAGCGAGUAAGGAUGGGAAAAAGAGCAACCUUCUUAUAAAACUCAUAAAAAAGACCAAGGAAGAGUGGAAAGACCAAAAGGUAAUGGUAUUGUUGGUUUCUGCAACCAUCGAAGUUAUCACUUUGACAACCGAAUUGGAAAAACGUCAUGUCGAUUGGAAAGAACUUAAAAAAGAAGAACCCUUCAAAUGCCCAUCCUAUGUUGCAGUGGAGAACCUAAAGUACCACUCCUCCAAAGCCAUCCUCGGAAAAUCCAUAGAAAGAAGCGAAGUGAUAAAAAACGAGUACAUCCAAGUCCUGGAACCCUAUUUCAAGUAUGCCAACAAGAGGACUCCUAUGGGCAAGACGCGAGAGAUUCUCUUCUCUUUACUCUGUGAUUGCCAAACAAAUUUCGGCGUCGACUAUCCUCAAACUGACGAUUCACCCAUCGCUGUCGUUAGACUAUCCAAUAAUGAAAUCAUCAAGCAACUCAACAAUUCCAUCAGGGAGAAUGAAGACUACAAAAAAUGGGUUCCAUUCGAAGUCAUUGCCCUUUACGAAUCGUCCCCCGAUAUCAUGGAACAACUAUCCGACAAAGCUAGAAAUUAUCUCAACAAAAAAGGUCGAAUGGUAAAAUGUGUUGGGGAUCUAAAGGGACUUCCAUGUCUGAUUAUUCUAAACAAAAUGGUUGGAAUUGGAGAGAGAAUACCAGAUACCUGCAAAACAUUCGAUCUUCGUGCUCGAUACAAAGGACCCUAUUCAAAGAUUCAUACCUCAGAGGCGACCUUUAUUCAGGAUGUUGGAAGAUGUGCUGGACACAAGGACAUUGGUAAUCCAGCAACAGUUUUUCUUUCUUUGGGAGAUCGCCCAGAUUUAACUUUUGAAGAGUUGGGUUUCACAACAACCCAUCUACUCAUGAAAGCUUCAAAUAAACCUGGGCCCAAACACCCUCAGGCAAAUGAUAAACAGUAUGAUUCUCUUCUCAAACAUAUCAUUGUUUUAGAUGCUGAACCUCAAAUCGGAAAAACUGGUGUUAUCCUGGCAUUUUUGGACAUUCUAAUUCACGAGCACACCACAAUCGGAAUUAACUAUGAGAAGGAUGAGAAGUUACGAGAGAUGGAAGAGAAGCUCCGAGUGAUGACAGAGACUGUCCGAUUAUUAAAGUUAAAAAAAUAA